ACAAUUGAAAUGAUGAAACCCAAAGAAUUCAUAUAGCAAAAUGGAGACAGUUAGAAGACUGGCUAUCUAAAAAUCCGCCAUUGGUGAAGUUAUGAAGAACAUUUACUGGCUUAUUCCGAAACCUGUCAAUUUUGCGACUCUUGGCUGCAUAUGGAUUUCUGUGGUACAGUGUACAGUUUUAAACAACUGCUUAAAGUCGUGUGUAACGAACCUGGGCAGACAGCUUGAUAUCUGCACACCAUAUAAUCUGAGUGAACCGUGCAUCCAGGGAUGCCAUUUUUGGAACUCUACAGAUCAGGAAAACUGUGCUUUAAAGUGUAAUGAUACCUACGCCACUGUUUGUGAGCGGGAAUCAUGUGAGGUCGGCUGCAGCAGAGCAGAAGGUGCUUAUGAAGAGGAAGUACUAGAAAAUGCACACCUCCCCACAGCGCCCUUUGCUUCCUCCAUUGGAAGCCAUAAUGUGACCUUAAGAUGGAAACCUGCCAACAUCUCUGGAGUAAAAUACAUUGUUCAGUGGAAAUACACGCAACUUCCGGGAAGCUGGACUUACACUGAGGCCGUGUCCAAGCUCUCAUAUGUGGUAGAGCCCCUGCAUCCCUUCACUGAAUAUAUUUUUCGACUGGUUUGGAUCUUCACAGCCCAGCUGCAGCUUUAUUCUCCCCCAAGUCCCAGCUAUAGGACUCAUCCUUACGGAGUUCCUGAAACUGCUCCUUGCAUUAGGAAUAUCGAGAGCUCAAGUCCCGACACUGUGGAAGUCAGCUGGGCUCCACCCCAGUUUCCAGGUGGACCUAUUUUGGGUUAUAACUUAAGGCUAAUCAGCAGAAAUCACAAAUUAGAUUCAGGGACACAGAGAACCAGUUUUCAGUUUUACUCCACUCUACCAAAUACUACCUACAGGUUUUCUAUUGCAGCAGUAAAUGAAGUUGGUGAGGGGCCAGAAGCAAAAUCUAGUAUUACCACUUCAUCUCCAGCAGUUCAACAAGAGGAGCAGUGGCUCUUUUUAUCCAGAAAAACUUCUCUAAGAAAAAGAUCUUUAAAACAUUUAGUAGAUGAAGCACAUUGCCUUUGGUCGGAUGCUAUACACCAUAAUAUUACAGGAAUAUCAGUUAACAUCCACCAGCAAGUUGUUUAUUUCUCUGAAGGAACUCUCAUAUGGGUGAAGGAGGCUGCCAACAUGUCUGAUGUGUCUGACCUGAGAAUUUUUUACAAAGGUUCAGGAUUAAUUUCUUCUAUCUCCAUAGACUGGCUUUAUCAAAGAAUGUACUUCAUCAUGGAUGAACUGGUACAUGUCUGUGACUUAGAGAACUGCUCAAAUAUUGAGGAAAUUACUCCACCCUCUAUUACCACACCUCAGAAACUUGUGGCUGAUUCGUACAAUGGGUAUGUCUUUUAUCUCCUGAGAGACGGCAUUUAUAGAGCAGAUCUCCCUGUGCCAUCUAGUCGGGAUACUCAAGCUGUGCGUAUCGUGGAGAGUUGCACAUUAAAGGACUUUGCAGUAAAGCCACAGUCCAAGCGAAUCAUUUACUUCAAUGACACCACCCAAGUCUUCAUGUCAACAUUUCUGGAUGGCUCUGCUUCCCACCUCGUCCUCCCUGCUGUCCCCUUUGCUUAUGUGCAGAGUUUUGCUUGUGAAAACAGUGACUUCCUCGUCACAGACAGCAAGGCUGUUUUCCAACAGGACUCUUUGUCUUUUAACGAGUUCAUUGUGGGAUGUGAUCUGAGUCACAUAGAAAAAUUUGGGUUUGGUAACCUGGUCAUCUUUGGCUCAUCCACCCAGCCGCACCCUCUGCCAGGUAGCCCUGAGGAGCUCUCGGUGCUGUUUGGAUCUCACCAGGCCCUUGUUCAGUGGAAGCCUCCGGUGCCCGCCAUAGGAGCCAGCCCUGUUGCCUGGCAUAACUGGACUUAUGAGGUGAAAGUGUCAACCCAAGACCAUCCUGAGAUCACUCAUGUUUUCUCUAACAUAAGUGGGACCAUGCUUAAUGUACCUGAGCUGCAGAGCGCUACGAAAUACAAGGUUUCUGUGAGAGCAAGUUCUCUCAAGGGGCCAGGCCCCUGGUCAGAGUCCUCAGUGGGUACCACCCUGGUGCCAGCUACUGAACCACCAUUUAUCAUGGCUGUGAAAGAAGAUGGACUUUGGAGUAAACCAUUAAAUAGCUUUGGCCCAUCAGAGUUCUUAUCCUCGGAUAUUAGAAAUGUGUCAGACAUGGAUUGGUAUAAUAACAGCCUCUACUACAGCAACAUGAAAGGUGACGUUUAUAUGUGGCUGCUGAAUGGGACGGAUAUCUCAGAGAAUUAUCACAUACUGAACAUUACAGGAGCAGGGGCUUUAGCUUUUGAGUGGCUGGGUCACUUUCUCUACUGGGCUGAAAAGACAUAUGUGAUACAAAGGCAGUCUGUGUUGACAGGACACACAGACAUUGUGACUCAUGUGAAGCUAUUGGUGAAUGACAUGGUGGUGGAUUCAGUUGGUGGAUAUCUCUAUUGGACCACACUCUACUCAGUUGAAAGCACCAGGCUAAAUGGGGAAAACUCCCUUAUACUACAGUCACAGCCUUGGUUUUCUGGGAAAAAGGUAAUUGCUCUAACUUUAGACCUCAGUGAUGGGCUUCUGUAUUGGUUGGUUCAAGACAGUCAGUGUAUCCACCUGUACACAGCUGUUCUUCGGGGAGAGAGCAGCGUUGGGGACACCAACAUCACAGAAUUUGCAGCCUGGAGUACUUCUGAAAUUUCCCAGAAUGCGCUGAUGUACUAUAGUGGUCGGCUCUUCUGGAUCAAUGGCUUUAGGAUUAUCACAGCUCAGGAAAUAAGUCAGAGAACCAGUGUCUCCAUUUCGGAACCAGCCAAAUUUAAUCAGUUCACAAUUAUUCAGACAUCCCUCAAGCCUCUGCCAGGGAACUUUUCCCAUACACCUAAAGUUAUCCCAGAUUCUGUUCUAGAGUCUUCAUUUAGGAUUGAAGGAAAUGCUUCAAGUUUUCAAAUCCUGUGGAAUGCUCCCCCUGUGGUGGACUGGGGUGUAGUUUUCUACAGUGUGGAAUUUAGUGCUCAUUCUAAGUUCUUGGCUAGUGAACAACAGUCUUUACCUGUAUUUACUGUGGAAGGGCUGGAGCCCUAUGCCUUGUUUAAUCUUUCUGUCACUCCUUAUACCUACUGGGGAAAGGGCCCCAAAACAUCUUUAUCACUUCAAGCACCUGAAACAGUUCCAUCAGCACCUGAGAACCCCAGAAUAUUUAUAUUACCAAAUGGAAAAUAUCACAAUAAGAAUGAAGUUGUGGUGAAAUUUAGGUGGAAUAAACCUAAGCAUGAAAAUGGUGUGUUGACAAGAUUUGAAAUUUUCUACCAAAUAUCCAACCAAAGUGACACAAGUAAAACAUUCAAAGACUGGAUUGCUGUCAAUGUCACUCCCUCAGUGAUGUCUUUUCAACUUGAGGGCAUGAGUCCUGGGUUCAUGGUUGUCUUCCAGGUUCGGGUCUUCACAUCUAAAGGGCCAGGACCAUUUUCUGACGUAGUGAAAUCUAAAACAUCAGAAAUCAAUCCAUUUCCUUACCUCAUAACUCUCCUUGGCAACAAGAUAGGCUUUUUAGAUAUGGAUCAAAAUCAAGUUGUUUGGACAUUUUCAGCAGAAAGAGACAUCAGUGCUGUGGGAUACACUGCAGAUAAUGAGAUGGUGUAUUACACUCAAGGAGAUUCACUCUUCCUUCUGAACUUGAACAAUCGAUCCAGCUUGGAGCUUUUCCGAGAUGCAGUCAUUUUUGAUAUCACAGUUAUUACAGUUGACUGGAUUUCAAGGCACCUCUACUUUGCACUGAAAGAAUCACAAAAUGGAAUGCAAAUAUUUGAUGUUGAUCUUGAACACAAAGUGAAAUACCCCAAGGAGCUAAAGAUUUGCAAUAGGAACUCAACAAUAAUUUCUUUUUCUGUCUAUCCUCUUUUAAGUCGCUUGUAUUGGACAGAAGUUUCCAAUUUUGGCUAUCAGAUGUUCUACUACAGUAUUAUCAAUCACACCUUGCACCGCAUUCUGCAACCCACAGCCACAAACAAACAAAAUGGAAAGAACCAAUGUUCUUGCAAUGUGACUGAAUUUGAGUUACGUGGAAUAAUGACUAUUGAUACCUCUGACUUAGAGAAACCCUGGAUAUACUUUGCCAAAGCACAAGAGAUCUGGGCCACGGAUCUGGAAGGAUGUCAGUGUUGGAGAGUUAUCAUGGUACCUGAUAUGCUGGCAGGAAAAACACUUGUUAGCUUAACCGUGGAUGGGGAAUUUAUAUAUUGGAUCCUCACAGCAAAGAAUAGCACACAGAUUUAUCAAGCAAAGAAAAGAAAUGGAGCCAUCCUCUCCCAGGUGAAGCCUCUAAGGAGUAAGCAUAUCCUGGCUUACAGUUCAGUUAUGCAGCCUUUUCCAGAUAAAGCAUUUUUGUCUGUAGCUGCAGAUAUUGCACAGCCAGCUAUACUUAAUGCCACUAACACGAGCCUCACACUCAGAUUACCUCCAGCCAAGACAAACCUCACGUGGUAUGGCAUCACUAGCCCUACUCCAACAUACCUGGUUUAUUAUACAGGAUUUAAUGGCAGGAAAAACAGCUCUGAUCUGAAAUAUAGAAUGCUGGAAUUUCAGGACAGGAUAGCCCUUAUUGAAGAUUUACAACCAUUUUCAACAUAUGUGAUACGGAUAACUGUAAAGAAUUAUUAUUCAAAUCCUUUGGAACAUUUACCUCUGGGAAAAGAGAUUUGGGGAAAAACUAAAAGUGGAGUACCAGAGGCAGUUUCACUCAUUAACACAACCGUGCAUUCAGACACCAGCCUUAUCAUAUCCUGGAGAGAAUCUCGGAAGCCAAAUGGACCUAAAGAGUUGGUCCGCUAUCAGCUGGCCAUCUCACACCUGGCCCUAAUCCCUGAGACUCCUCUAAGGCAAAGUGAAUUUCCACAUGGAAGGCUCACCCUCCUUGUUACUAAACUCUCUGGUGGACAACAAUACGUACUAAAGGUUCUGGCCUGCCACUGUGAGGAAAUGUGGUGUGCUGAGAGUCAUCCUGUCACUAUCAAAAUGUUUGACACACCAAAGAAACCUUAUGCCUUGGUUCCAGAGAACACUAGUUUGCAAUUGGAUUGGAAGGCUCCAUCGAAUGUUAACCUCCUCAGAUUUUGGUUUGAACUGCAGAAGUGGAAAUACAAUGAGUUUUACCACGUUAAAGCUUCAUGCAGUCAAGGUCCCGCUUAUGUCUGUAACAUCCCAGAUCUGCAACCUUACACUUCCUAUAGUGUCCGAGUAGUGGUGGUUUACAGGACAGGAGAAAACAGCACCUCACUUCCAGAAAGCUUUAAGACAAAAGCUGGAGUACCAAGUAAACCAGGCAUUCCUAAAUUAUUAGAAGGGAGUAAAAGUUCAAUACAGUGGGAAAAAGCUGAAGAUAAUGGAAGUAGACUUAUCUACUAUAUCCUUGAGAUCAGAAAGCACACUUCAAAUGAUUCACAGAACCAGAAUUUAAAGUGGAAGAUAACAUUUAAUGGAUCCUGUAGUAGCAUUUGCACAUGGAAACUCCAAAACCUAAAAGGAACAUUUCAGUUCAGAGUAGUAGCUGCAAAUAAUCUGGGGUUUGGUGAAUACAGUGGAAUCAGUGAGAAUAUCAUAUUAGUUGGAGACAGUUUUUGGAUACCAGAAACGAGUUUUAUACUAACUGUUAUAGUUGGAAUAUUUCCUAUUGUUACAAUCCCAUUGGCCUUUGUCUGGCAUAGAAGAUUGAAAAAUCCAAAAUCUUCCAAGGAAGGGCUGACAGUUCUCAUAAACGAAGACAAAGAGUUUGCUGAGCUACGAGGUCUGGCACCUGGAGUAGGACUGGCUAAUGCCUGCUAUGCAAUACAUACUCUUCCGACCCAAGAGGAGAUUGAAAAUCUUCCUGCCUUCCCUCGGGAAAAACUGACUCUACGUCUCUUGUUGGGAAGUGGAGCCUUUGGAGAAGUGUAUGAAGGGACAGCAGUAGACAUCUUAGGAGCUGGAAGUGGAGAAAUCAAAGUAGCAGUGAAGACUUUGAAGAAGGGCUCUACAGACCAGGAGAAAAUUGAAUUCCUGAAGGAGGCACAUCUGAUGAGCAAGUUUAAUCAUCCCAACAUUCUGAAGCAGCUUGGAGUUUGUCUUCUGAAUGAACCCCAGUAUAUUAUCCUGGAACUGAUGGAAGGAGGAGACCUUCUUACCUAUUUGCGCAAAGCUCGGAUGACAACGCUUCAUGGUCCUUUACUCACCUUGGUUGACCUCGUAGACCUGUGUGUAGAUAUUUCAAAAGGCUGUGUCUACCUGGAACAGAUGCACUUCAUUCACAGGGAUCUGGCAGCUCGGAAUUGCCUUGUCUCUGUGAAAGACUAUACCAGUCCUUCACGGACAGUGAAGAUUGGGGACUUUGGACUUGCGAGAGACAUUUAUAAAAAUGAUUACUACAGGAAGAGAGGUGAAGGCCUGCUUCCUGUUCGAUGGAUGGCUCCAGAAAGUUUGAUGGAUGGAAUCUUCACUACUCAAUCUGAUGUAUGGUCUUUUGGAAUUCUGAUUUGGGAGAUUUUAACUCUUGGUCAUCAACCUUAUCCAGCUCAUUCCAACUUUGAUGUUUUAAACUAUGUGCAAACAGGAGGGAGACUGGAGCCACCAAGAAAUUGUCCUGAUGAUCUGUGGAAUUUAAUGACCCAAUGCUGGGCUCAAGAACCUGACCGUAGGCCUACUUUCCAGAAAAUUCAAGAUCAGCUUCAGUUAUUCAGAAAUUCUUCUUUAUAUAUUAUUUCUCAGUGCAGAGAUGACGCAAACACCAGUGGAGUCACAAAUGAAGGCUUUGAAGGUGAAGAGGGCGACACAACUUGCUUGAAUUCAGCUGAUGUUAUGCCAGUUGCUUUCAUGGAAACCAAGAACCAAGAAGGGUUAAAUUAUAUGGUACUUGCUACCGAAUGCAGUCAAGGUGAAGGAAAUUCUGAGGGUCCUCUAGGCUCUAAGGAAUCUGAAUCUUGUGGUCUGAGGAAAGAAGAGAAGGAACCACAUGCAGAUAACGAUUCCUGCCAAGAGAAACAAGUGGCUCACUGCCCUCCUGGCAAGCCUGAAGGUCUCAGCUAUGCCUGUCUCACUCACAGUGGGCAUGGAGGCGCUUCUGAGUAGUAGUGCUGUUUGGAAAAUAUGGAGUUGAGAUAAAUGAGGGCAGGCAUAUGACCUAGCCCUCAUUAAGCAGUUACUGAAAGAAGACCCUAGAAGAAAGAUUUCAUGGUGGUCUGUGACUCCAAAUUAACACUGCUAAAUUCCCAAAUUCUAAUCUUAGUUCUGAGAGCCAUUUGGUUUCAGUUGUAACAAUCCCCAUAUCAACUGCCUAAUCUGCAGUAGAAUUGUGAGGUGAGCCACUGAGCAUGUGGAAGGCUUAGGAAGAAUCGUUAAGUCUGGGAGGGAAACACUGCUCUCUCUCUCCCCUGAAGUCCCUCAGGCCAUUGCCCACCCUUCAGUCUGGGCUGUAAUAAAAUCUUGGUCAGUUGGUUAGAGAUAGAAGUAGGUAUGUUCAAGGACCUGAAGGAGAGGGGUAAGAAGUAUGCUCAGGGGCUGACUGAAAUCCAGAUUCUCUCGAAGAAGACAGAGGAAAUGACUAAAUAAGUCUAUACGUACAGAAGGAACCAGCACGUGUGACAUGAGAAAUCAUCCGAAAAGCUAUUACUAGAAUAAAAUAUUAUUUUCAAUCACUACUGUAAAUAUUUUGUAUUUUGGGGGCUUAGAACAGCAGCUUCAGUCAUAUUGAAACUAGGACCAUGAUCUUUCAGUCCUAAUGUUUGCAUUCUGAGAUCUCUGGGUUGUAUAAAAAUCACUCUGCGACUUGUCUGUUAUCAUAGAAAUUAACCAGUAUAAAGAUGGUUUUUAUUUACCAUAUUGAUUUUAUAUAUAAAAUACUUAAGAUUACAUUUAGUGUCAAAUUAUCCUUAAAAUUAAAUAUAAGUGGUUACAAUGUUAUUUCAAGCUAUGUGAUUUUUAGCAACCAUACAAAAUAUAAAUAACUUAAUAAAAACUAUUUAAAAAAUU